ACUCGGGCUGCCCAGGCCCGUGGAGCUGGGCUGGGGGGGGCGGCUAGUUUUUGCCACGGCCAAGAGCCGGUGGGUUUAUUAUAAGGCGGAGCUCGGCGGGAGAGGUGCGGACCAGAGCAGACCGAGCCGGCGCAGAGGAAUCCGGCAGUCGGGAGCGGACUCCAGCCGGCGAAACCUGCAGCCCUCGCCCAGGACGGCAGUGCGCUGGGAAGACGCCCGGGACUGAAGAGCGCAGCGCAACCCGCAGAGCCCGCCCGCAGACCCCGCGCAGCCCGCAGCUCCAACCCGCGCAUCCUGCCGAGCUCCCGCCGCCGGUCUGGGCAGCAUGAGGCGCGCGGCGCUGUGGCUCUGGCUGUGCGCGCUGGCGCUGCGCCUACAGCCGGCCCUGCCGCAAAUUGUGGCCACAAAUGUGCCCCCUGAAGACCAGGAUGGCUCCGGGGAUGACUCUGACAACUUCUCUGGCUCGGGUGCAGGUGCUUUGCCAGAUAUCACUUUGUCACGGCAGACCUCCUCCACUUGGAAGGAUGUAUGGCUCCUGACAGCCACACCUACAGCUCCAGAGCCCACCAGCAGGGAUGCUGAAGUUGCCUUCACGUCCAUCCUGCCAACUGGAAAGAAGCAGGAGGAAGGAGAGGCGGUGCUCCUCUCAGAAGUGGAGAUGGGCCUCACUGGAUGGGACAAGGAAAAGGAGGUCACUUCUGGGCCCAGGGAGACCACACAGCUCCUGAUCACCCAGCGGGCCUCAACAAUCAGAGUCACCACAGCCCAGGCACCUGUCAGCUCCCAUCCUCACAGGGAUGUGCAACCGGGUCUCCCUGAGACCUCGGCUCCCACAGCACCUGGCCAACCUGACCAUCACCCUUCAAGUGUGGAAGAUGGAGGUGCUUCUACUAUCAAGGAAACUGCUGAGGAUGGAGCUGUCAAUCAGAUCCCCACAGGGGAAGGCUCUGGAGAACAGGACUUCACCUUUGAGACAUCUGGGGAGAACACAGCUGUGGCUGCCAUAGAGCCGGACCAGCGGAAUCAGCCCCCAGUGGAUGAAGGUGCCACAGGUGCCUCUCAGGGCCUCUUGGACAGGAAAGAAGUGUUAGGAGGUGUCAUUGCUGGAGGCCUGGUAGGGCUCAUCUUUGCUGUGUGCCUGGUGGGCUUCAUGCUGUACCGGAUGAAGAAGAAGGACGAGGGCAGCUACUCCUUGGAGGAACCCAAACAAGCCAAUGGCGGUGCCUACCAGAAACCCACCAAGCAGGAGGAGUUCUAUGCCUGAUAGGGGAGCUGUUCUCCCCACUGCCCCUGCCACUCACUAGGCUCCUACUUGCCUCUUCUGUGAAAAACUGUAGGCCCUGGCCUCCCUGCCACCGCACCGCCUCCCCAGCACUCUAACCCUUCUGGCUGCUCUUGCCCUUGCAGUCUGGGGGUGUGUGCUGGGAGUAAACUCCGCUUCUCUGACUUCUGCCUAGAGGCUUGGGCGCAAAGGGUUUCUUGGAUCUGACCUUCCCACUGCAGCCACACCUGGUGUCCCACCAUUUGGACUCGUUUUCUCCAAAUGGGAGCAGACCCAGCUCUGGAGAGAAAGGAGACUCAACUGUUUUGGACCUGGAUGACCUACUGUGGCUGGAGGACCCUGGGGGCAGGUGGGGGAAGGCUUCAGCUGACAAACCAUAGCACUUACCCAUAGAGACAGCUGGGGGCAUGGCGGGGGAUGGAGUCUAGGGAAUUCACUUUGCAUUGUGGGGAGGUCUACUUUAGAUACCAACUUGUUUUUGCACACGUUUCCUCUAGUUUCUCUGUUCAUAGCCCCAGUAGACUUUACUUCUGGGGUAAGUCAAGUCAGUUGACUCCCUAAUCUACAUUCGGGAGACAGCAUUGGGGGUAAGAAGACUGUUUCUCAUUUUUUUUUUGUUUUUAAACUAGAAGAACCAAAUCUGGACGCCAAAAUGUAGUCUUAGUUUGUGUGUUGUCUCUGAGUUUGUCGCUCAUGUGUGCAACAGGGUAUGGACUAUCUGUGUGGUGGCCCGUUAGUGGGGUAAGCCAUCUCUUUUGACCAGUCAUGCCUGUGUCCAUGAACUCAGGGCCAUGGCCAUGGCCUGGGCCACUGCAACUUUGGAAGACCUUGUGUGAGAAUUAGUCCUGGGGUUCUGUCUGGGGAUGGAGGAGAAAGAAGACUGGAGUGAGUGGAAGGGUGCCAGGGUGCUUGGGACCUCUUGCCUUUGGCACCAUCUCUGGGCCUACUUCCUCCUAGAAGUUGACAACAUACAUCUUGGGCACAGCUGGCACUGGCUUCUCCAUCAAGAACCAAGUUCACCUUCAGCUCCUGUUGCCCUGUCCUGGACUGGAGCUAGGAAUAUUUCCCAAAGAGUGAGAGUCUUUUGCUUUUGGCAAAACGCUACUUAAUCCAAUGGGUUUUUCCCUGUACAGUAGAUUUUGCAGAUGUAAUAAACUUUAAUAUAAAGGAGUCCUGUGAACUCUACUGCCUUUUCUUCUUCUCUGGGCUGGUGGAAUAGACAUGGCCAGCCUUUUCCCAAACCCUAGCAGUUCAGGGAAGUGUGGCUUGAGGCUCUGUGCCUUCACCUUACCAAGGGGAAGGAUCCUGGGUCCAGAGUCACUUUGAUUUAUUUGGUUUUGUUUCGGCUAAACUUCUUUUGGAAGUUGGUAGGUUCAGCCAAGGUUUUACAGGGCCUGAUGUCAGCCCUUCUAAGUAGCUGAGACCAUAGCACAGCUUGACCUGGGGUCAUUAGAGCCAUGUUGAUUUGCAGACAGCUGACAUCUGGGACAGCCCUCCCACCUUUUCUGGGACACUCCUGAAACUCCUAUUCCUCCUUAUUUAACUCGACAAUGUUCCAGCUGCUAAGGGGGCUGGUCUGUGCUCAGAGAAAUGUAACAACCAAACAAAGAAUCUGUAUCCUGUGCACCAUCCUGGGACUUGUAGCCAGAUUUUAUGGCUGAAUGUGAUGUGGGGGGUGGGAUCUGGGACUGCACUUAGCUGUGGGCUUGUGAGACCGUGCCCAAGCCUCAGGCUGGGCCCAUUCAUGUAACUGCAAUAAAUGGUACGUGUCCUUUUGGACAGCAGACA